ACAAUUCAUUAAACUUAAUGUCGGAUUGCUGAUUUUUUUUUUCCUUCUUCUUUUUUUGCUUAACUUUGCAUUACACCCAGUAUAAUAACUUCUGUUAGUUCACUGUGUUACGAACUAACCUUACAUUACCAUGUGACCAACAAAUUUGAUUGUAUGAUACACCAGGAUAUUUUGGCGGCUUGUGUUUUAAAAAUUCACUCUAACACAGUGCAGUGUUUUGAUUAUUCUUUUACGACAUGUUUGCUCAAGUCAUUAAAGAGUCAGGAAAGAUUUCAUUCCCUUGUGUGGAUUUUAAAUCACAGAUUUGAAACGACUCAAAUGUUCUUGCUUUGAAUUGUUAUUUGCACAAAGGAUGCAGAAAUGGACACCUACAUUUCAAAGAUUAAAACAGGAGACUUUUUAUUCGAAUUAGGACAAAAUCAUUUUUUGUUCUUGAUGCAUGAUUAACGUUCAGCCUGGAAACUUAGAAGGUUCAGUGAUUGGGAUGAAAAAUGUUACAUGCCGGAGUAUUUUAUCUCUUAUUAAGUGCUAACGAAUAUAGGAGUUCAACAAAAAAUGCACAUCUUAAUUCAAUCAAAACAUGUGAUUGCUCCAGAGUAGAAAUGGAUGCAAGAGAUUUCUUGUGGGGUUUUUUCUUCACAUCUAUAAGAAGUGAUAUGUGUGCUCAAAAUUGCAGUUAGAAUUAACAAACAGAAAUUUCAUGGGAAUAAUGUGAGACAGUGCAUGACAUGUGAUAAUCAUGGAAAAUUCCAAUAGCUAUUUUAAGACAAUUCUACGAGGACCGACCUUGACCCGAAGCAUGGACCUGCUGGGUCGCAAACGAUCAAUGGGGAACUCCAGUAGAAAGUCGAUCUCUGGACUGGUCCCCGCCCCGCCCGAUGAGCCCCGCCCAGAAGACCCCCCUAAGGGCCCCACCAGCCGCAGCAGUUGCCCCCAGUUUGUGCCCUACUCUGACGACGAUGAUGACGGUCAGGACGAGGAUGAGGAGGAGGAGUUUUUCGACGCCAGCGACAGUCUCCCCCCUUCUACUCAGCCUGCUGUGCCAGCUCCAGCCAUGAUUGAUGCUAGCAUUGUUGCCAGGCUUGUGAAGGAGGUGGAGGAGCUGCUUAACCAUGUGACCAAUGAGAACUUUGAGGCUGCAGUGGACACUGCUAGAGUACUACAACAGGCCAAUCUAGGGAACCUGACAAGAAGACUCUCAGUAGAAGGAGCCUCAGGAAGUCAGUCAUCCGGAACUAACAUCACAAGGCAAUCCCAACCAGCAGACAAACUGCCAAAGAUAGGAGAGCACACACUUACCGAACACCGCUAUAAUCCGACGUACAGCAAUCCAACAGCCGAGGUCCGAAAAUCUGCCAACUCAGCAAAGGGCUCGGAGCUCAAGAAAUCCAACAGUGCCAAGCAGAUGUACAUUGCAACAAUGGGAGAUUCCCCGGAAAACUCAUCCGGAUUUGUGAAAUCUGAGGAGAGGCCGUUUCGCUUGCCACCAAUCCGAGACGGAGGUUCACAGAUUCCUGGUAACUCUGGUAUUUUAUGUUCGGGUCAGUUGGUCGGGAAUGACCUGGAUGAUGGGGAUGGUAGUCUUGCAUGGGAGGUGGAUGUUUCAGAUAUGCUUCCUCACGGAAGAAGCGGAAGAAAACCCGUUCUCACUAGUCAACUCCAACCCAAGGAAACGGAUGAAUCCUAUGAGAAUUUUGUUCCUCCCAAAGUGAUGGCCACUUCAGCCGAGAUUUCCUCCCGAAAAGUACUGGACCAAAAGCGAUGGAACUGUAUCAGUCGACCACAGUACAGCAAGUCGUGCGGAUUGACCUCCCUUGUGUCCUGCUGGAACUUUCUCUUCAGUACUUUGGGCAAUGGAAAUCUAAAUCCUAUCACACAAGAAGAGGCUUUGACAAUUCUGGGAUUUAAGCCUCCAUUUGGAGAGAUUCGCUUUGGACCAUUUACUGGAAAUGCCACACUUUUGAGAUGGUUCAAAAUGCUGAACGACCACUUCAAGGUCAGGGGACGGGCCUACUUCUUGUACAAGACCCAGGGUAAGAACAAGACAUACGGGACGUCCCCCGAGGAGGCCCUGGUCAGCCUGAAGCGCGGCCUCCAGGACACCACAACUGCCUUCAUCUACCACUGCCAGAACCACUACUUCUGUCCAAUGGGGUUCGAGGACACUCCUAUCAAGUGCACAGAGGCCUACGCGGGUGUACUACCUCAGGAGGAUCUAAAUACUUGGAUCCUGAUUGGAGACCCGGCCAGUGGUCACCCAGCCAUACACUGUAAAAGAUGGAUGGAUAUAGUAACAGAUAUUGGGUGUGUCAACCCCGAUUUCCUGGACAUUCGCAGACUGGAAAAAGGCAUGCAGCGGCGGAAAGCCAAGAAAGCAGGCGGAAACUUGCACUGCAUCAUGGCUUUUUCCAAGUGUAAAUUCCAAACCAUAAAGACUUAUCGUACUCAAAUUCCGGUGUUCGGUGGAAAGGCUGGAGGAAAAGAUUCUCGUUUUAAAAUGACAAAUGGAAAUGAUGAAAGUUUAACUGUUUCCCAGAAGGAAGGAAGUGGUGAGCCGGGUGUUCAGACGGUAGAACCUGUUCAGACAUCUGAACAAGAGGUUCAAGGAAAUCCUGGGGUUAAUUUGGAUGGAAGACAGGAGAAUGGGAGGCAGGUUGUUGGUAAGGAGGAGGACUUCGAAGAUGAUGAGGAAGUGGAAGAUCUGGACACAGAAAAUGAAUCUUCAGAAAAUAACUCUUAGCGAUUCAAGAAAUAAAGAUGCCAUAGGCAUCAUUAUUUCUUGAAAGAGGUGGAAUUUUUUGGAUAAAGCAUGCAGCUAGCCAAGGGCACUUUUGAGAAAUAUUUCCUUGUUUGUUUCGUCAGUUUUUAAAGGAAAUAACAAAAGACUCUCAUGGGCAAUGUUUUUUUAUCUUUUUAUAUUAAUUUAUUCAUUUAGUGAAAACAUUUCAACUAUAAAUUGAAUUCUCCACAGAAGGAGAUAGAUGGAGAGUGAUAUUUAUUCAAUAUGCUUCCACUGCUUCUGUGAUGGAUUAUAUAUUAUCAGCUGGGCCAUUUCACAUUGAAAUACAUCUAGAUGGGCUUUUAUCUCAAUAUUAUUUCCUUAAGAAGCAAGAAUUACAUAUAAUUUAUUUUGUCAGUUUAGAUAAGUUUCGAUUUUAUUUUGGACUCUGUGGAAUGGUAAAUAUUCAGUUUCUCAUUCAGGAAAUUUUCUCCAUUUAUCUGGGGAGGAGGAGGGUUGGCUUAAAUACAUUAAUAUUUCAAGAGGAAUCCUAGGCUACCACCCCGCAUGAUUUGAGCAUGAAUGUAGAGUAUAAGUAACUAAAUUGUCAAUUGUCAAAUUCCUUUUUAUCCAAGCCCCCCUCCCCCCCCCCCUCUUUGGGAAUGGUUUUGGUUAGAAAGAUGGACUGAAACAGCUGGUGUUACUAGCUUUGGAAAAUUCGAGGUGAACUAUACAUAUGUACAUUUCUUUUUUAAAAACUCAGAUAAAAAAGAUAUUGUUCCUAUAAAAGACACUCACUGUAAACCAAACAAUUUUAUGCUUGGAUGGUGAACCAUCAUCUUUAAGUUGUUCCCCGAUAAAGAACGUUCAAGCAGCAUUAUAAAAAAAACUUUUAAAGUUUUCACCAAUUAUUGCAAAAGAUUUGUGGCAAAGGUCCUCUAUUUUCCAGAGGUGGUUUGUGUGUGUUAUCAGUUCUGUUAAUGUGAUUUUUUUGUUUGUAUGAAAUUGGAUUUAUCCUACACUUUACCUUUCCGUUGUUUGAUUUUAUUCAUAAAUUAUUCAGACAUGUUUUACAGUGUUAUCGCUUCCAAAGUUUGUUAUUUUUAAUUAAAUAUAUAACAUUUA